CUUUUGAUUAUCACAACCGGCUCUUGAUCGAUACGCAGUUCAAAAUGAUUACUAAUUUUGUUUUUAGUAUUGAUUAUCAAAAUACAACAGAUAAUAUGGAAAAAUUAUUUAUUCAAAAAUCAAAUUCUCAAUAUGAACAAAGAAAUAUUGUUAACAAUUUAUUGUUAAAACUUUCCUAGUUAUCAAUAAUUUUGAAUACACGUUUUGAAUUACUAGCAGCGUUUGGUUUUGAGAUUUAUAGAUGUCGUAAUAUUCUGUCGCCCGAAAAAUUCAUGAAAAUGAAGCCAACUAUUCUGUUGUAAACGGGAUUAGAUGGAAUUUGAACUGUUUCAUUCCGUUCCCUAUAUGUAUUGUUUUCAAUUUUUCUAAUGUGAAAGAAAUUUGAUUUAUUUAUAAAUGUUUAAUGUUAAUAACAUGAUCACAGUGAUUGCAAAAGUUCAUUAAAAUUUUGGUGUAUCAUACAUCAAGUAUUUAACUGAACAUUGAAUUAUUUACACUAAGAAUCCAUUCCGUGAUUAUUGCUGGCGAAAAAAUUAUAUGAAGAAAUUUUUUAACCUCUAAUGUGAUGAUAUAGUUUUAAUAUUUACUCAAUAUUAAUUUCUAUUAAAUCAAUUAUAAUAGUAAAUUCAUCUUAUAAUUACUAUUUGCUUUUUUAGUCAGUAAAAAAUAAUUAUGGCGGAACCGCCUAAAGCAUUGCCAAGUCUUUUAAGCUUGAAAGUAUCAGUUCCACCAGAUAUGCAGCAGAAUCAUGGUUCUAAUGAAGAAAAAGAGAGAGAAAAUGAUGAAGAAGUCCAAUUACCAGCAGCCUUAGAACAAGCAUUAGCAUUUAAAACUGAACGAGCAAAAGAAGUUGGAGCUGAUCCAAAUGAUAUAUCAGUACCCGGCACAUCUCCUACCCAUGAAGGCACUCGUGAAGAUCCAUCUUUAGAUUUUACAAUAGAAACAGAAACAACAAACACAAAUGUUGAAAAAUCUGAUGCAAAAUCUAAUAAAACCAAGAAAAAGAAAAAAAAGAAGAAAAAGAAGCAUUCUGAUGAAAAGAUAAUUGAUUUUAAUAAAAAGACUGUAGAAUCGGAAAAUUCUGUACCUAAAGAUGACAUAGAAGUAGAAUAUAUUCAAGAAAUUCCAACAGUAGCUGAUUUAGAACCUAUGUAUCGUCAAUUUGCAAGAGUAUUUGAAGCAUUUAGACUCGUAGAACCUGAUGGUCAGACGGAUAAAGAUAAAGGUGAAGCCAUUGGACAGUAUCCACCUACUGUCCCAUUGUCAAUGGUACCCAGUAAAGUGCCUUUAAUUGAUGAUUUUGAUGAAGAAGCUAAUCAACAUCAACAGGCUCAAAAUGUCGGUGAAAAUGGAGCUCCAAGACUCUCUAAACGCAAAUUAAAGAGAUUAACAAGGUUGAGUGUGGCUGAAUUAAAACAACUUGUUGGUAGACCUGAUGUAGUUGAAAUGCAUGAUGUCACUGCGCGGGAUCCAAAGUUGUUAGUUCAGUUAAAAGCACAUAGAAAUACGGUACCGGUUCCCAGACAUUGGUGUUUCAAAAGAAAAUAUCUUCAAGGCAAACGAGGUAUAGAGAAGCCUCCAUUUGACCUUCCAGACUUUAUCAAACGCACAGGAAUCACAGAAAUGAGAGCAAGUCUUCAAGAAAGGGAUGAUGGACGAACUCUCAAAGCAAAAAUGCGAGAACGAGCACGACCCAAACUUGGAAAAAUCGAUAUUGAUUAUCAAAAGCUACACGAUGCUUUUUUUAAAUGGCAGACAAAACCUAGGAUGACUAUUCAUGGUGAUCUUUAUUAUGAAGGUAAAGAGUUUGAAACAAGAUUAAAAGAAAAGAAACCUGGGGAAUUAUCUGAUGAAUUGAGGACGGCUUUGGGCAUGCCUAUUGGCCCUAAUUGUCAUAAAGUGCCACCUCCGUGGCUUAUAGCUAUGCAACGAUAUGGUCCACCUCCAAGCUACCCAAAUUUAAAAAUUCCUGGGUUAAAUGCUCCUAUUCCCGAAGGCUGUGCUUUUGGAUAUCAUGCAGGUGGUUGGGGUAAACCGCCAGUUGAUGAAACUGGUAGACCUUUGUAUGGUGAUGUAUUCGGAAUUGCAAGAGCACCAGGUAGUGAUGCUCUCGAUGAAGAAGUUGAUCGUGGAAUGUGGGGUGAACCAGAAUCAGAAUCAUCAGGAGAAGAAGAUGAAGACGAUGAAGGAGAAGAAGGGGAUGAAGGUGAUGGUGAUGGUAAAGAAGCAGAUGGAGAUGCUAGUGGUUUAGUAACACCUGGAGCAGAAGGAUUGAUAACUCCAAGUGGAAUUGCAUCAAUUCCUGCUGGCUUAGAAACUCCAGAAACUAUCGAAUUGAGGAAGAAAAAGAUUGAGAGUGAAAUGGAAGGUGGUGAUACUCCAGCACUGUAUACUGUUCUUCAAGAAAGAAGAACAGAAGGGCUUGGGGCCAGUAUGAUGGGAAGUACCCAUGUGUAUGAUAUGACUGGUGCUGGUGGUCAAGCUCCUCCAUCUGUCAUAGCUGCUGCGAGACGAGGAAUAAGUGGGUCAACUUCUGAAUCAAGAGUUGAAAAAGAUGGAACUGUUGAAGUUGCUUUAGAUCCUAGUGAGCUUGAUCUCGACUCUGAAGCUAUGGCUUCACGGUAUGAGGAAACUAUGCGAUCAAGGCAAGCCCAUCUCAGACGUGAAGACCUCUCAGAUAUGUUACAAGAUCAUGUUCAACGUCAAAAGAGUAAGAGAAAACGACAGCAAGGGCAAGAAACGAAAUCUUCAAAGAAAUAUAAAGAAUUCAAAUUCUAAGUCAAUUAAUGGGUGGACUCUUAUACUUUAUAUUAUAUUAAUUGUCUAUUGUGUAGCGACUUAUAGCAGUCCCGAUGUCUAACCAGCUUCCUUGUGAAGUAACACUGAACAUUAAAGGCAAUGAUAAACAGUCACCGAGUAAUAGGACAGCUAAGAAUAUUGACGAAGAUGCUAAAACGUGGCUUGCACAUCCCACCAGCACUAAAGGUAUUGCUAAUUUUAAUAAAAUUAAUGCUGACAUAGUAAAAGGUGAAAAUACUGUGAUGAAGUAUCGUGUCCACAUUGGAUCGAAUGAACUAAUACUGGCCAUGUUACCUGUGCCAAAAAAUGAUAGCAGUAUAUACAGCAUCUAUUUAAUUUAGUAAAGGAUAAAUCAAAAAGCUGUCAAUUAUUAAAAUAUUUCAAAAAUUUAAAAAAAAUUUUAAAGGAUACAAAGUAUGCAGCUAUGACUAGAUCUUCUAGAGUCAAUAAUUUGUGAUUAUUUUUAUUGACUCCUGAUACUGUUCGAUUUCUCUCAAGAGCUUUUAGUAAAGCAAUUAAAUGCACAGCAAGCAGUAUGUAAACUUGUGGUUCAUAGGAAGCUGAUAACAAGGUUAGAGGACAGAGUAAUCCCAGUGUAACUCCAGCUAAUCUUGUUCCUUUAUUUGUUGAAGAGUAAAGACAGAUGCAUAUCGGACUAGUGAUCAGAAUAAUCCAAGAUAAACCUUUUCGACCAUCAAUAAAUUCAGUUAUAAUCAAUGAAA